AUUCUAACCUUCCAUGAGUUUGCCAGGAAUUCAGAGGGCGGCGGUGAGCUACCACAAGGUGAACAUGUGGAUCGAACUAGAGAACGAAGUUGCUCACCUAGUAAACGCAGCUUGGUGGCUCGAGGAUCUGCAGUUCAAGAUCAAGCUAGGCAAGAUACAUCCGGAAGGAAUGUUCAGCCAAAUGGCGACAUUCAAACCGAUGAUCCACCAGGAAUCGGCCAAGUGCAAGAUCCGCAAACUCUUAGGAGUACCUGACUCUACCGAACUUGAAGAUCACCUUUUCAUGGCUUGUUUCAAUAUUCUCAUCUGGAACUGUCGCGGAGCGGGGAAUGGCAAUUUCAAAAGAAAUUUUCGAGAUUUGAUCCAGCAACACAAACCAGAAGUGGUGGCCCUCUUGGAAACAAAAGUCGAACUGAAGUCCAUGGGUAUGUUCUUCAAAAACCUUGGUCUCACAGCUUCUACACAUGUUGAUCCGAACGGAAGGAAAGGAGGCAUUUGGAUCCUCUGGGAUCCCUCUAAGGUCUCCCUAAAUACCACGCUAACGACACCACAAGCCAUCCACACCACGGUUCGCAAGGAUAACUUUGAAGAUUGGAUAUUCUCUGCGGUCUACGGCAGCCCAAAUCCUAGAAUCAGAGAAAUCGUGUGGGAGGAACUGGGUAGCUUAGCUGAUACCAACCAAAAACCAUGGCUCAUUGCAGGAGAUUUCAAUGAUACUGCUGAGGCAUCUGAAUCGAAAAGCAAUGCCCCUGAUACUAGUGCUAGUCAGAGAAGAAAAUUCAUGGAUAAUAUCAAUAAAUGCCAACUGAUAGAUCUAGGAUACAGGGGGGCAAAGUACACCUGGACGAAUGGAAGAUUAGGGUUGGCGAAUGUGCAGAAAAGGCUGGACAGAGCUCUAAGCAAUGAAGAAUGGAGAUCCCUCUUCCCGGAAGGAAAUGUCAAACUGAAUACGGAUGGAUGCUGGUAUGAAUCGAAUGGAACAGGAGGGUUUGGAGGAUUAUUUAGAAAUCAUAUGGGAGAUUGGAUCAUGGGAUACUAUGGCAAGCGAAGCUUUCAUUCAAGCUUGGAGGCAGAGCUAUGGAGUAUAUACAAGGGGCUGGAAGUCAUACUAGAAAGGAAGCUGGAAAAUGUGAAGAUUGAAUCUGACUCUCUCGUAGCGGUGAACCUCACCAUGGAAGGAAACCCAGGCAACCACCCCCAGAGUGUGCUGAUCAAUGAAAUCCAUGGCCUUCUGACUCAGACUAACACUACGAUUGGGCAUAUCUAUCGUUCGGCCAAUCAAUGCGCCGACCACCUUGCCAGGAUGGGUGCGGAACGCACAGAAGAGCUCGUGUUUGUUAUGGACAUGCCCAUCGCGAUAAGGGAAUUUGUAAUUAGAGAUAGCCUGAAUAUCAGGCAAGUGCUUGACUAGGUUGCGAGUUCUUGUGCUCUAGUUUU